ACGACCUCAAACUCCCACGACAACCCUACGACAACUAAUCUGUGUUUCUGGUGAAGGGCUGCACAUUUAGAGACCCCUCCAUCAAUCGCAAACAUGGGUAUUUCUCGGGAUUCUCGCCACAAGCGCAGCGCCACCGGUGCCAAGCGCGCUCACUACCGCAAGAAGAGAGCGUUCGAGAAGGGCCGCCAGCCCGCCAACACCCGCAUUGGCACCAAGCGCAUCCACCUUGUCCGCACCCGUGGUGGCAACCGCAAGUUCCGUGGUCUCCGUCUCGACUCCGGUAACUUCUCGUGGGGUUCCGAGGGUAUCUCCCGCAAGACCCGUGUCAUUGGAGUGUCCUUCCACCCCUCCAACAACGAGCUGGUCCGCACAAACACCCUGACCAAGUCCGCCGUUGUCCAGAUUGACGCUGCCCCCUUCCGUCAGUGGUACGAGGCCCACUACGGCCAGCCCAUCGGCCGUAGACGCCAGCAGAAGACUGAGGCUACUGAGGAGAAGAAGUCCGCCUCCGUCGCCAAGAAGCAGGCUGCCCGCUUCGCUGAGUCCGGUAAGACUGAGUCCGCUAUCGAGCGCCAGUUCGAGUCCGGUCGCCUGUUCGCCGUUGUUGCCUCCCGCCCCGGCCAGUCCGGCCGCUGUGACGGUUACAUUCUGGAGGGUGAGGAGCUUGCUUUCUACCAGAAGGCUAUCCGCAAGUAA